AUGGCCGUGUUAGCAGUUAUGGGCUGCGUUCUUCAAACCCUCUCGCUCUUCAUGCUGACGAGGCCCUCGUUUCGACAAUUCGACCUGACUCCGUAUUUUCUUAGCGUGGUGCUUGGCAAUCUCAUGGUCAUAGUAGCUGACCUGCCACCCCUUGUCGCGUCAGCGUGGUUUCAGAAACAGCUGGUCGGUAUCGCAUAUUGCCAGGUAUAAAAUAAUCAUCAGUUUUUCAAACUAAGAUAUAUAGUAUCAUGGUUCAUGACAGCUGCUUUCGAACACAACACCAGUAAAAAAUCGAAACUGGAUACUCGGUCCUGAUAAAGUUCUUUUUGGAAUAUUGUUUGGUCGACAGAAAGCUAGGGAUCACUGUUGGAAUUUUCUAUAACAUAGGGCCGACUCCACGUUUUGCAAAGACUGACUUUCCAUGAAAAGAAGACGAUUGAAUUUGCUUUUUUAAAAAUAGAGUGAGGGAGUUUUCGCGUUGGAGAAGGUUUUGUUUGACCCUGUCUCGUUUAUGUCACUAAAAAAAAGUGUGCGAAAUCUUCAAGAAAUUCUUCAAUUAAUUCGUGCCCUAGCUGGGCAGGAAUUUUAAAUAGAACUUUUAUAGGAAAUGAACAAAUACAAUUUGAAAACAUUUGAUCGCCGUAUUUUAAAUUUUAACAUCACGUAUCCUGUUACUAAGAGUAGAAUGAAGGUCGCAAUAAUUCCCCCUCCCACCCAGCUCUCCCCAACAAAUUUCGCCCUCUUCUCUCAUGGUAGCGUUCGUCUAUCCUUUUGCAAAAUUGGUUGCCAUGAUUUCGAGAAAAUAACAACGUCAUAUGUAACAUAAGGUAAGGCCCUGUAAGUUGCCUCCUGCGCCCCUUGAGCUCUCGCCUGACCGAAUUCCCCCCUCCGUUCUUUUCAAACCUUUCCGCGCCUGCCCCGCAGGCCUCAAGCAAGCAUGCGAGUAGAUUUCUUUUGUACAGCUAAGAGGCUACUAGACUAAACAAUUAAGGAACAAAUGAAUUGGCCUUUAAUUUUUACUGCUGGUCUGGUAGACUUCAUAACUCUUUACAGAAGAAAAUAUAUGUCAUUCGUCGUUUUCUCUGCCUUGGACGAAACCAUAAUUUUUUUAUUUUAAAAAAUGCUUAUUCAAGCCAUCAGCUUGAAAGUGUUUUUGAUAUUGGCAUUUGACGUUGAGAGAACGCAACCUAUUCUUGGGCUUUCUUUACUAUCAAAAGAUUCGUCGUCUGCGUCCUUAGACUUCCUAUUCCGUGCCAUAUUGCACUGAGUAGCAGCACAAUUCCAACGUUUAAAACGCAUGUCAUUGUCACUGACUAGGUGUCUGGCAAAAAUAGCGAGAUUAGACAGGUUUUAACUUUAGAAUCGUACAAAAUAUAGACAAUUAAAAAUAUGGGAAAAAUUAAUGGCAAGUCACAAUAGAUCAAGAAAAUCCAGUCUUUUUCUUUCUUUUGUUGUUUAUUUGUUUGUUGGUUUGUUUGUUUACUUGUUUUGUUUUGUUUUACCGGAGAAAGAAUACCACGAGGGUUUAGCGCUCGGCGAAAGCGAAAUAUCAUGCUAACAAGAACGAAACAGCUGUGGCUGUGUAUGGCUUCAUGUGCAUGUUGCUGGAUUACCGGCCCAAUACUGCAGAACUAGGGUUAUAAAGUGUGACAAUUCUAAAAAAAACCUUUAUUUUUUUUAAGGUUGGCGGGUUCUUGACCGGAGUAUGGUGGAUCACUACAGGUGUUACUUUGGCCUUAGCAGUCCGUGCAGUCUACCUCAACAUGUGUGACGAGGCACUAGCCGGGACUCCAGACGAGCGGCCUCGGGAUAGCUGGCAGUAUGACAGUAUCAUAAAGAAGCUGACGGCCGUUUGGCUUUACGCCAUUGCGGUUGGUCUCCCACCAGUUUUUGGAUGGGGCUCAUUUGAGCCCGAAUCUGGUGGCAUCAUCUGUGCCCCAAACUGGAGAGAGAGCAGCAUCUCCGCACGAUCCUACUUAUCACUGCUGGUAUCUGCAGCAUUCCUCAUACCUUUGGGAUUUUCCAUUGCCUAUUUUUCCAAGAUGUACCGGACAUCGAGACAAGAUCCGGAUGUAGAUGCGUUGGUGAAGAGGAACAUACCGAAAGAAAAGAAAACAGUCAUUUUGACAUCCAUCGGUAUCAUUGCUUUCUUUGGGGGAUGGAUGCCCUACUGUGUAUGCACGCUGUUAACGGUGUUUGGUGGUUCAGAGAUGCUUGAAGGCGAAAAGACUUUCAUUCCUGGGAUGUUUGCCAAGGCCAGCUACGUCUAUCUUCCAUUAAUCUGCAUUCUUCUAAGCAAACGGUGAGUAAUACAAAAUCUCUCUCUUUUUUGCUUUGAUUCCAGAGGAAAUAUUCUUUGUGUUGUGAUUCCGAUCCGAGUUUGUUCUUUGGCUCAAAUUUUGUUAUUUACUAUAUUUAAAGCUCAUAAUCGUGCAUUUAAAUAACCGCAAAACAAAAGGAAAUAAAAUUUAACCAAUGCAGUUGAAAUGAACAUGACACAAAUCAUUGCAAGCUUCCACAUUUUAGUCUUUAUUCUUUAUUUACUGAUUCAACCAGAAAGCUUUCUAUUCAAGGAAAACAUUCAAUAACUCAGUGAAAAAAUGCUCUGAUAAUUAUCAAGUGUCCUUUUACUUCGUUUUCUAGUUUUCAAGCAGCAGGUGUGGAGAUUGUGCGCGCCCUCCUGUCCAGUAGGAACGAGGGUAGGAACGAGGCUGAGGUGAAUAACAAUGCUUGGGGUCAGUUUGUUCUACUGCGUCAUCAACCCGAGGAGAUUAUGAGCCGCAUGAAAUGCAUGCGCUAUCCACGCCCCAAACACAAUAAUGACCGACUUUUGUCAUUAACUACGCAUGCGUUUGAGCCACCUAAAGAUGAUAACCAAAUGGAGACUUCAGUGUAA